AUGGACUUACGAAAUAAGAAAUCACAAUCUCAUCAUCGGAUUACGAGUUAUCAAUUUUUAAAAUGGGGACAAUUCAAAUAAGAAUUACCUAAAUUAGCUAUGCCACCAACUCCAAGAAAAAAAAAUUUGAGUUUAGAUUUAUUGAGUGAGGUUCGCAAUUAUCAAAAACAAAAGAUUGUGAUUGAAUCUGGUCAACUUACAUCGAGAGGUUUGAGGUAGAUGCUAAAGCCAAAUAAGCUUAAGUGGGUUAAUUAAGAAGUGAAAUUGGAUUCACAGUCCCUUCUUCGUAAUAAACUUACUGUUGCUGACUUCUUUCUCAAUUCGAAAAAGGGAAAGACGGAGCUAAUGCCUUUUGAUUUAAUUUAAUCAGAUUCUCUGAAAUAAUUUCUUGGUAGAUUGAAAUGCCAUAUUAAAACUAGACAAUAUAAAUGA